GUCCCACUGUGAACAGGUUUGCUGUGCAUCCGCACGAGCGGCGCCGGUUCCACCGACCAAACCAGCUCAGCUCAGUGUCAGUAGGGUAGAGCCAGUGUGGUGCUGCAAUCGUGUGUAUUUUUUUCGCUCGCUGUCCGUUGGUCAACGCCGCCACGCGCAGAAUCAGGUGUCUUUCGUUCGGUAUCGGUAUCGUUUGGAAAGAAAGGUGCGCCCAGCCAGUCAGCGUUAAAGAAGUGCCAAGUACGUCGGUCGGUUUACGACGACAAUUCCGGUUUGAGGUGAAGAUCAACAACUGCUGCUACGGGGCAGCAUCUGGGUUUUUUGUGACUGUGGUGACAACUCGUUCCCGGUAGCAGAUGGUGUUUUGUUCGGGGUGCUGUUUUUGAUGGUUCUGGAAUAGUGAUUAAGCAGGUGACUGAAAAGAAUUGCUCACAGGCUAAUGUUUUCGUGAACGAAAACCAAACAAAAAACAAACAAACCAGCCAGCUUCGAAAUCUAUAAGAAGAUUACGACAGACAGAAAGUGAAACUUCGUCGAUCGUAAGUGCCUCGCGGAGUGCUUGAAAAUCAUCAUAUAGAUGACGAUCGCCGUCGUGAGAGUGGGUGAAGAAAGCAACUAGCAGCGGUAGCAGCAGCAACAACAACAACAACAAUAGUAAUAACAGCAACCAGCAAAAUCAUUGUCUUGAGGUCGUUUCGAUCGUUCUCAAGAGUUUCCGCAACCAGCCGUCCAAUCGUAGAAAAGAAAAAAAAACAAAAGCAUUAAAUGGCGCUGAGCCAACCGCGCAAGUGAUCAUGCAUGCCGCCGCGGCAAAGUGAAUGCGCAAACGUGCGCCCGUGUGUGAAUGUGUGCUAGUCAGUGAAAAACAAGUGAAUAAGUCCGCGAAGUCGACGACGAAUACUGCUGUGGCAUACAAAUUCCAAACGAAAGGUGAAAAUAAGCAAACAAACUCCGCGCCAGCAGCGUUCGAACGGAGAAGAAGGAAAUAAGAAAAUCAAAUCAGCAUAAAUUUGUGUCGGAUCGAAGCAACCGUCGCCGCCGACUGCGAUCUGCUACCGCGCCACCGCCCAGGCCAGUACUAGUGGAAACGUAAACAAUAAUAACGCGAUCGCAUCGCAGUAGGCGCACGGUGAUUGGCUGUGCGACGCGACAUAAUUCUGGAAACUUGGUUGCACCGGGUUUCAAUAAAUACGUAAAUACGAAGUCGGGUCCGGGUGCCAAGUUUCGUUUCGUGAGAGAGGGAGAGCGUGAUUUUCCUUUGCGAGGAAAAUUCCGAGCGAGAGAAAGGGGGGCUUGAUUGCACAACGGUUCGAAAAAAAAACGAAGAAAGAGAUCACGCGAGAGGAGAAGAGAGCGCGUAGAAAGAUGGAUUCAACGGCUUCGCUACAUCAUCGGCUAACGUCCAUACAGAUAAGCGCCGAAACAACGGUUUAUACCAGCCUCGAUUCGAGCCUCGCAGCGUUGCAAAAUGCCAGCCAACGAAUGCACGAGGACCAGGUGGACGGGGCGAGCAGUCUACCCCCUGCCGUGGAGUUGCUGCUUUCGGCUGCAGCCGUUCCAGCCGCUUCGGUUUACGUCUCUGCCACAGAGCCCAGUGCAGAAAAACUUGUCUCGCAACGUGAGUCGUUGGAGAAAGAAGAAAGAGCCGAGGCGUUUCCAUUGAGAUCAUCUGCUGGUGCUGGUGCCGUUGCCCUUGGAAACCCCAGCAGUGGCAGCAGUCUGCUGGGAUCCGUCCAGGAGAAACCAUCGUCGCCGUGUUCGCCGCCGCCGCCGCUGUCGUUGCCCGUGGUAACCGAUCAGGAGUCGCACGUCGUUCGGAUUCAGAUUGUGCAAUCGAAGUGUUCUAGUCCAAUUAACGGUGUUGGCAACAUCAGUGUGACCAACCUCAACAGCAGUAGUGCUGCCAGUGUUGUGAACCAGUGCAAAUCUAAAGUGUCGAUCGUUUCGUUUGGACCUCCGGAUCAGUGUAGCCAAUCGCCAAGUCCUACCCCUUCGGUAGAAAUGGUCCAGAAGCAGUCCAGUCCUUCGGCGUCGCCAACCAAUGGCGCCAAAUCAGACCUGGUGGACGUCAACAACGCCACCUACCUCUACUACAUGAUGUCCUCAGGGCAGUGCUCUCCUAGUGACACCCUCGACAGUGGCACGUGCAGCGAUAUCGAAGUCACUCCGCCGCCACUCCCGAAAAAAAUGUCCCCAAAAUCCCCGUCGCCCCCGAAACACCCGGCUGCCCAGCACGCCACACUCAUGAUGAUAAGCCCGACGCCGUCCGAUAAGCUUAAUCAACCCGGUGGCGGAUAUCGCAGCAGUAACUACACCACCAGUGACAGUGACGAAUCCGAAUCCAGUCUGAGUUGCGACUCGCUCAACUUCUCACAGCUUUGCGGGAACGUCAGUGUCCUCGGACCCGUCUCGGACAGUCUUUCCGUGGUCACGACCAAUCCGCAAACUCCGGAACCGCUAUCGACCGCCGCGACCCCUACCAGUGACAGUGACCGCGAAAAUGUUAUCCCCGAGUGUCCCCAAAUGCCCCAAAUCAUCCCGAUAAAGCACAAAAUCGUCUCAAUCCUGCCGGACUCGCUCCUCAAGGACAUCCGCGAACGUUCGUCUACGGGAAGUGCCGCGCGCGAAGUCCCGUCCCCGUCGCCACCGCGCGAAGAGUCCACCCCGGUCGGCAUGACAACCACGCGCUCGAUCCUGAUGGAGAAGAUCAACAGUUUGAACAGUGUUGCCAAUUCCGCCGGGAGCAUUUCCUCCCUGUCCGAGAAGAACAAAUCGAUCAGUUUCGAGAACGACAAGUUCUACAAGUUCCACAUCAACGAACAUUCCACUUUACAGCAACAGCAACAACAACAGCAGUCGCCGAAUCAGCAGAACGGCUCGGUCCACCUGAAUGGGGCUGGCAACCACAGCUGUUCGUCGUCGGUCAUCGACGAUGACGAGAGCUUUGCCGGCUUCAAGGACCUGACCAGCGGAACAUCGACGAUCCGGAGCAACAAGGGAACGGUGCGGGGCGUCAAGAACCGAGUUCGCAACGGGAUUGCGACGUUUCUGCAGAUGCAACAGGCGAAUAUCAAGAACUACAAGGAAAAAGACGCCGGCAAGGUGGUAGUCUACACGACCAGCAUGGGCAUCGUGCGCGAGACCUACACCAAGUGUGCCAACGUGAAGCAGAUCCUGCGGACGUUGCUCGUCAAGUUCGAAGAGCGGGACGUGUUCAUGAGCAGUGACUACCAGCAGGAAAUCAAGGACCGAAUGCAGAGCGAAGCGAUCCAGGUGCCGCAGGUGUUCGUCGACGGGCAGCAUGUGGGGGACGCCGACUGCAUCGAGCGGCUUAACGAAAGCGGCGAGCUCCGGAAGAUGCUGAAACCCUACAAAUGCCUGGAAUCGUCUUUCACGUGCAAAACCUGCGGCGGCUACCGACUGCUCCCGUGCCCCUCGUGUGGCGGUUCGAAGAAAUCCAUCCACCGCAACCACUUCACGGCGGAGUUCAUCGCCCUCAAGUGCAUGAACUGUGACGAGGUGGGCCUGGUCAAGUGUCACAACUGUUGAGGAUGUGGGGUUCUGUUAGGUUGGGAACGAUAAUUUUAAGGUAUCCCCGUUUGUGUGAUUGGGUGCGGAUGCUUGAGAUAGAAAGGUUGAAUCGCUUCGCAAAUGCUUCAUGGUGACCAAUGAGAACCUGAAAUCGAGUGAAUGGAAUCGGAACCGUGGACCAAUGCAUGAGUUCACUCGUUUGGAGUGUAAGUGAUUCGGUGUUUACUCAAUAUUAACUCACUUCUGAAAAGAGUGGCACCGUGUUCACCUGAAUGGUGAACAUGGUUUUCCACCCAAACGUCAAACGAAUUAACCUUUGCGUGGACCCAUAACCGAUCGCUGACUUGGAAAACACACUUGCAAUACUAGUUUUUAGUAAUAACUACAAUAUAGGUAGAAGUUGUGAUACAAACAAAACAAUCAUUCUUCGGUUUCUAGCUGUAUAAGAUUACGCAAGUAAUAAAAUUUACACUGA